AUAGCGCCACGUUGGUUUACCAACAAAUAUGGCGCACAGCCCGUCUCGUGUCUUUGCUGCAGUUUCAGCGACUGCUGGUGAUGUUUACCGAGACGAAAACGAAGCGGUGUUCUAUCAGGGCCGCAAGCAAACACCUUUACACAUUCAAAGUAACGUAAGAGUGGUUCAGGUGACGGGCUGUGCGGAGAUAUCGUGUCCUUCGGACCGCGCGACCGUUUCCAUCAGCGUCAAAAACAGUAAAGAAAAUGUUAACGACGUGACUAACAGUGUUUCUCGAAGACUGGAUUACGUAAUACAGACUGCGAGACAGCAUGACGUUAAGGAAGAAAACAUCACUGUGGCCAAACAUUUACAAAGAGAGGGGGAGCUCUUCCACAUGCACGCCGAGGUGCUUGUUGUCUUUUCAGACUUUGAGAAGAUGCAGCAUGCACGCUUAGUUUUGAUUGAAAAACUAGACAAAAGCGUGUGUGUUGGUGACCCUUACUACAGUCACAGUGCUGAAAGCCUCAAUUUGUUAAGACGGCGAGUAUGUUUGGAAGCAGUGGACAACGCUCGACUGAAAGCCAGCGAGGCGUGUGGCAUUCUGGGACAAGCUCUGGGACGCCCACUGCUUAUACGCGAGGAGGAAUCACGAGAGUGGACCAGUGGCCAGCAUGAAGUCACUGGCUCUCCUCUAACACUACAUCAGAGGACUGGGCUUACAUUAGUCUAUGUCUCUUCACGUGUGUUUGUGACCUUUGAAUUGCAACCAAAGGACAGCAACCGGAGGAAAUUUUGAAGUUUUUCUUUAGCAAUAAUAAAAUUACACAAUUUUUUUUAAGUA